UGGAGGGAAAGUGUGUUCGCAGUACUUUUUCGGCACGGCUUCGUCGCUCUGAAAACGUUCAUCUAGCGCGCCAGAGGUGGACUUCGAUGCCACAAUGCGGAUACCCAUCACAAAAUACUCAAAACUGAUACCCCCAGCUCUCCUGGUGGGCCUUUUCGUCUCAUUUUCUGUCCUGAGUUCCCCCCAGUGGCAGGACACCGGCCACCCGGUCACUCUAGUUCUGUCAGCCAGCGAGGCCCAGGUAUUCAUGAAAAAACAGAAUGACAUGACCCCUCCUUCAGGAGAGGUCGGUCGGGUCAAUUCCAGUGGGUCUCGUGACGCUCAAGGUCCCAAUAGCCACGUUGACAUCAUCAUUAUGAACAACAAAGUCUACGACAGGAGGAAGUUGGUCGAUAUGCACAUCUUCAACGCGACUGUCUAUGGGAAAGGCGUCAAGAACCUCAGUAAGAGAGACUGGCCGAUUGUCCUGAACAAUUCUGGUGCCUCCGCUCUGCUGAAUAUCAACUUCAACAAAUACUCCCCUAAGGAUCAAGAGUUCCUGGAGGAGAGGGUAGGAGAAAUGGUCGCCAGGGCCCGUCAGGUCGGUCUGGCUUGUAGGGGCGUUCCUUUAGACCUUGAAUCCCACGGCGCCGUCAACCAUUUCCUCUGGGACCAGAAGCACAACCCGGGCAUUGUCUGGUGUCCCAAUUAUAAGGUAGCGUCAACAACCUGGAUGAUCAACUUCCUGCGACUGGCCCACUUCAACGAAAACAAUCCUGCUAUUCCGGAUAACAAACCUGAACAGCAGUACAGCCACGUCUUCGGAGCCCGCCAUAAUAUUGCCUUCAACUCUUAUCCGGCUCCAUCAUCGGCCGCUGAUAAGGCGAGAAUCCUCAAGAAGAGCGUCAGGAUGAUUAUAGUGAGGCAUCCUUUCACCAGGUUGCUCUCCGCCUACCGCGACAAGAUGACGAAGAUGCACCCAGGCCCGGCCAAGUUCCAGUUCAGAAAAACGCAGCUGAAGAUCAUCGCCAACUACCGUCCAGCUGAUUCUCCGACCAAGUCUCCCCAUCCAACUUUCCCUGAGUUUGUGCAAUACGUCAUCGAUGAGACGGCCAAUCUGACCACUGCUAAGUCGUGGAGGCGUAACGUCAAGUGUUGGGUAUCAUAUUGGGCGCAGUGCAACAUCUGCACCACAGACUACAACGUCAUCAUGAAGCUGGAGACGAUGGUUGAGGACGAAAGAUUCCUAAUUACUCUCUCGAAACUAAAGGAACUGAAGAAGCUGAAAACAAACGAAUGGCGCCAUCUGACGAAUGCUUCCUCCCACGACGUAGCACCCGCAUUUUACAGACAGAUAACGCAGAAGCAAAUGUACGAGUUAUACGAGAGGUACAGACUGGACUUCGAAGCCUUUGGGUACGACAUCAAGGACUACCUGCCCUUGGCCAAGGACGCCGAAGGCAGAAAUGCGACUGAAAAAGGCGACAGUAACCCGACUGACGGAGUUGAGGCUACCAAGACGACCCAAAAUGUCACAGGAGAAGGAAGCGAUAACUCAAGCAAAAUGAUCAAAAGGAAGAAAAAGAAAGGCAGACGGAAGAAUUAGGGGAGUUUGUAACAAGAAACUAAUUUUAACUAAAGAGAAACUUGACUAGUUUUCCUUCGUUAUCUUCAUAAAUUAUGGACGGCUUCCUGAUAAAACGAAGGGCAUUCUGUCAAAUGAAGCGAAAUUCAUAAAAGAUUCAGUGGACAAAAUGUUUAUAUACUUAUUCAUUCACUUGAUGACGAAUGAAUUAUAUGGUUAUACUAAGUAAUUUAUUAAGGAGAGCAUUGAACACUUUAAUGAUGGUUACAUUCUAAAGAUCGUGUGGUUAGGACAGUGGUUCCUUAACUUAUCUGGUCGUUACCCUCUUAUCAUACAGGAUACAUGUCCAUGGCCCACCGCCAAGCAUAACCCAUGCAUACGUAUAAAAUCCAUGGGUUUAUACAUACAUAUCCUCAGAUCACGGCCCCCAGAUUGGGAACCAAUGUUUUAGAAUACUAACCCCCUGUAGAUGUCUGGUAGAGAUGUAAAGUCUAAAAUUAUCACCAUAGCAGGAGUAUCAGCAAGUUAUUUAUUCUUGAGUAUUUACCAAUCUCUCUCUCUCUCUCUCUCUCUCUCUCUCUCUCUCUCUCUCUCUCUCUCUCUCUCUCUCAAAAUCGCCGAGUGCCAAAAAUCCCCCUUUCACGCGCAUUAGAAAAAUUAUUGCCCAUUGUAUUGUCUCCCAUGUUUUUCCUAAAGCAUUUCAGAAAGAAAGCAUUGGACAACCAUUUAUUCUAUGCUUGUUAGUGAACCACGUUCAUGGAUGACAAGCUUUUUCGUAUUUUUAUAUGAUAUAAUGUUUCUGCAUCUGCAGACUUUCAUUUGGUGAUUCCCAAAUUUAUGCCUGGAGUCAAGUAACUGUUUACCAAUGGCCUGGCUGUCUGUGAAUGACGUCAAUUAAAUAAUUUCUUUAAAAAAUACAUUUUUUUAUAGGUAAACGAUAAAUGCAGAUGGUUUUGUUACGAUGUACUAUAAUGUCAUGUUAGAUAUGUAUGUUGUUUCUUAACUCACCUGUUCGUUGAUUUACUCCGAAUCAUAUGCAAGAUAAUACUAUCUUAGUAAACAGCUGAUUCAAGUGCAUUUAUUUUCAUCUGAUUUUAAAAGUAUUUAAUUAAUGCAAUUUCUCCUCGAAGUUAUACUUAUGUUUUAACUUAGAUACAGAAGAAUCCUUUAGGAUAAUAUUAUGAUAUUAUCAGGGUUCCUUCGAGCGUGAAGCUGGAACAUGGAGCAAAACAUUGUCAUAAACACAUGUCGGCAACUUAUCGCAUACAUGUCACAAACAUGUGUAAUACGAGUGAACGAUUUACUAGUAGUCUUAACCAGCCGUCCAUACGACCGUCCGGUGUGUGGUAAAAGGCUUGUUCUUCACUUAUACCGCCGAUGGCUCGUUUCCAACAUGUUUGUGAUAUGAAUGUCAUAAGUUGCCAACAUGUGUUAGUAACACAGUAAUGACUUGUUUUGCUGUAGUGUAGACACAUCCUCACUCUUGCGUACACACGAAUUCAAACAUACACAAGUGCACACGCAUAUACAUCUACACACAUGCUCACACACAUAUAAUAUAUAUACAUUUAUUAAUUUAUUUAUUUAUUUGCGUUUGUGUUUCUCAGAUUAUGCAUUUAUUAACGUUCCUAGGUACGUCGCUACCUGUU